AUGGCGGGCGCCUCCGACCCCCUGGAAGAUAUGCUCUUUUCAGAGGUGGAUGAAAAGGCUGUGAGCGACCUAGUGGGCUCAUUGGAGUCACAGCUUGCUGGCCAAAGCAACCCAGCAGGUAAAACAGACGAAAACGGAGGCGCUGGCUCAGUGGCCCCCGCUAACCAUCACUUAGGAAAAACGCUACCAGCUCCAGUGGGCACCACAACACUAGAACAACAACAACAAGGACGGCGUAAUAAACCCGAGAUGCGCCAGGAGAUCAACUCUAAAGACGUUAGUCCGGAUAAAGCUGUCACAUCUCCUUCUCUGGGUUGUACCCCGUCUUUUGGCGAGCCUUCCACCACUUCGGCUGCCUGUGUGAACGCCACUAGCAGCGGUUCGCAAUCACAUGGAGCAUCCAUCACAACACUGACUGCAUCUGGUGUGUCAACUUUGGCAUCUCCUCCAGCCAGCAUCAGCACCACAUCCAGCCGCGGCUCUAAGGUUUCUCCGGGCACAGGUGAGACGUCGACAGAAGCUAACCCGGCGAGAAAACGCAUAAGCCAGCCACGGAGGACCGCUUCGGCUCGGAUAAAGAGUUUAAACGGCGCAGCUGUAACGACGAGGAGGAACAGCAACACAGCGGUGGUCGAAAACGCUAGCUCUGUGGAUCCUAGUGAAACUACACCAAACUCUACUCGGCCGGUGACAUCCUCUAUUAACACUUCGACUUUCACCUUAUCUAACGCCAGCUUGCCUGUAGGUCAGUCGGCUAUUGCUCUCGACCGGGGGACUCCCACCAUUGCUUUGCAUAGACUCCCGAGUCACAUUGUAGCCAGUAUAGCCCAGAACGGCAACGGGACCAGUGUUUCGGCCUUGGUCCAGCAGGGCGCUCGCAUAGGACCCAUCACCUCUUCAGCUUCACAGGAGAACCACAGCAAAACGGUCACAGACACUGGGGCUUCCAAAACAGACGAUUGUCAGUCCAAAAUUGUAAUGUCAAGCCAGUCUGGUAGUGUCAACUCUGUAAUAAACACUGUUUCUUCUGCAUCUUCUGUUGUCACAACAACAACAACUACAGCAGCAGCUACAACAACUACUACAAUAACCCAGCCUCUGAGCUCUGCCUCAAUCGCUGCCUGUGUCACAGGGGUGGCAACUAGUUCUGUAUGUGGUAUUGGUCAGACUACAUCAGUGACUACCACUAUUAGCAUGGUCAGACCCACAGCUCCCUCUCCCACACCUGCUGUGGCCACCUCCGCACAGUCUCAACCCCGUCCUGGACUUACAGCACCUCAAAGGAUCGUAGCCCCUCAGCUGAUUGUCAGACCACCUCAGCAGCAGACGACCAUUCAGCUUCCCCCUGGGUUUACCAUCCCACCGGGAAUGGUGUUGGUGCGUACAGAGUUGGGCCAGCUGGUGAUGGUUCCUCAGCAGGCUUUGGCUCAAGCUCAGGCUCAAGCUCAGGCCCAGGCCCAGAACAACAUCUCUCCACGACCUGCUACCCCCACCACAGGAACAUCCUUCAGAGUAACAACUCCACAGGUGAGACUCUGCUACUACCUGCAAUUUGUUUUACCCGUGAAACAUUCCUGUGCAGAGAUGGUGAUUUUUAUGUCAGAGCUCUCCUGUGACCUCUCAGACCACCAGGCAGUGUCCUUUGACCCCGGCCAAGAUGGUACCAUCUCCCUCUCCCACUCCUUCCAGCUCUGCCCUCCAGACCUCCUCCUCUUCCUCUUCUUCCUCCUCCUCCUGCUGUCCUGCGCUCCGCCCACGAUGUCCACCGAAAAGGGCCCCGUGGCGCCGGCAGUGGCUGUGACGGCUCCGCAGCAGACCCCCGUGGUUAUGGCCCCUCAGGCCCCAGCCCAGGCUGCCUCGCAGCCAGUGCAGCCUCCGCAGCCUCCGCAGACUGGCAUCGCAGCGGCCCCCGGAGCCUCUGUCGUGUCCCAGGAAAUGCAAGAGAACGUGAAGAAGUGUAAGAAUUUCCUGGCCACACUCAUCAAGCUGGCGUCUCACAAUUCUCCAUCCCCUGAGACUUCCAAGAACGUCAAGGCUCUGGUUCAGGACCUGCUGGAUGCCAAGAUUGAACCGGAGGAGUUCACCAGCCGGCUGCAGACUGAGCUCAAGUCGUCUCCGCAGCCUUACCUGGUGCCCUUUCUCAAGAAGAGCCUCCCGGCCCUAAGGCUGUCUUUGCUGAAUAGUCAGCAGUCCCUGACCCAGCCCCCGCAGCAGGGAGUCAAACCAGCACCCUGCGGCGUCCCUCCCGCCAUUGUGGCCGGUCCAGCUGUCCGCAUACGCCACCCUAACAGCGUCAGCACCACCACGGGUGCCAGUGCGCUGCCCGCCGGGACGCUCGGACAUGCAGCUGCUAUGGGUAUCAAGACAGCGGGCGCUGUCGGCGGCCAGGUGCGGAUGCCUGUGGUGAUCACACAGUCUGUCAGAGCGCAAGGCACAAUGGGGAAGGGAGCCGUGAUCCAAGCGGGGAAAUGUCCCGUGGGCCUGGCUGUUCAGGUCUCGGGGAAUCAGAAAAACAAGCUCAACGACCCCGGAGGAGGCUCUUUCAGGGAUGAUGAUGACAUCAAUGACGUGGCCUCCAUGGCCGGCGUGAACCUGAACGAGGAGAGCGCCAGAAUACUCGCCACCAACUCGGAGCUAGUGGGAACGCAAAUCCGCUCAUGCAAAGACGAGGCCUUUCUCCACCCAGGGCUGCUACACCGACGAAUUCUGGAAACAGCUAAGAAGUUUGGAGUCACAGAGGUCCCCAUGGAGGCUGUAACAUUCAUCUCACACGCCACACAGUCACGACUUCGCACUGUGGUAGAAAAGGUUUCGACUAUCGCACAGCACCGACUGGACUCCUGUAAGGACGAUGAAUGCUACGAGCAGUCUGCAGACGUUCGCUCUCAGCUCCGCUUCUUCGAGCAGCUGGAGAGAAUCGAGAAGCAGAGGAAGGACGAGCAGGAGAGAGAGAUCCUGUUGAAAGCCGCUAAAAGUCGCUCCAGGCAAGAGGACCCAGAGCAAGCUCGACUGAAACAGAAAGCUAAGGAGAUGCAACAACAGGAACUGGCGCAGAUGCGGCAGCGAGAUGCCAACCUUACAGCACUAGCUGCCAUUGGACCCCGCAAAAAACGCAAGGUGGAUUCACCAGGGGCCACCCCAUCAGGGACCGAGAUGUUAUCCAGCUCCUCCGUCCCGUCCACCUCAUCGCGCCAGUACACGCGGCAACGCAUCACUCGCGUCAACCUCAGGGACUUAAUUUUCUACAUGGAGCAGGAGAGAGAGACCGCCCACUCCCUCCUCCUUUACCGUGCCCUGCUCAAGUAGCUCUGCUCCGCUCAGCGUCCACCUCAACCUCUUCCUCCUCCUCCCAGCCACGUGCCUUCAGAUCAGGUCUAAUGUUUCAGCUCUGUGUCUCCAUAUGUACUGUAGUGAUGUCUGAUGUAGCUUUUAAUAAGAAGAAGGAGAAAGAG